AUGGUCUCCUCAUGCCUUUCCCGAAUCCUGCUCAUCUUCAUGGUGUUCGGACUCGCCCAAGUCUUGGCUCAGCCUAUCAAGGACAACAAAGCAGCGCCUGACAAUUUUAUCGUAAAAAGAUCACCAUGCAUUAACUGCAAAAACGACAUCGAGACCGUGAGAGUCGACAGCAACAAUAAGUACAAGUGCAACUCGAAGCGAUCACCAUGCAUUCAGUGCAAAAACAAGGUCAAAGUCAAGAACGUCAACAGCAAGAACAAGUACGAGUGCAAGGCGAAGCGAUCGCCAUGCGUCAACUGCAAAAACAAGCACGAAACCACACACGUUCAUUGCAAGGAUGAGAAAAAGGAUGGGAAGAAAUCAGACACCAAGACUCCCAUAAUCGUCAUCAAUCGCAUCACAGUACGCCCUAAAGAGGAAGAGUCGUCAAAGUCCGGCAGUCACUCGAAAGGAAAGAAGGACAGCCCAGUUGAAACCGAGCGCGUCGAAGUCCACUAUCCAAAGGAAGAUUCAUCAGAGCAUGAUAAGCACUGGAAAACCAACAAGGACAAGCACUUUCUACCCAAGUACAAGCACUCUCUACCCAAGUACAAGCACUCUCUACCCAAGGACAAGCACUCUCUACCCAAGGACAAGCAUUACAGAGUAAAGCCCGUCAACGAGAAAGAUGGUCAUUCAGACGCAAGAUUCAAAAUCAAGGGCCCGCCAGUAUGGCGUGAUAUGAACCUCAGGGGGGCAAUCCACAAAUAA